AUAUAUUGUAAUUUUUAUGAAAGAAAAAGAUAUUUAAAAAAUACAGCAUCAAAUCUAUUCAACAUUUUAAGUUUAUCAAUCAAAACCAAUACUAAGAAUAUUAUCAAGGAAAAUGUAGACCUACAUACUACAAAAUUUUUGAAUUGGCGAACUCAUACAUGUGGUGAGUUAGAUUUAAUCAAUGUUGGAGAAAAAGUUAAACUUUGUGGUUGGCUUCUACACUCACGUUUUAAUAAAUUUAUUAUCAUUAAAGAUACAUAUGGAGUAACUCAAGUCUUAUUAAAUGAUAAUACAUUAGUUAUAAAUUCCUCUACAAAUUUUACAGACUUACAAGAUUAUCAAAAAUUUAAUAGCAUUAAAAAAGAUAUUAAAAAUUUAAUAAUACCAUUGGAAAGUAUUAUUAGUGUUGAAGGCUUUGUUACGAAACGUCCACCAUCCCAAAUCAACAAUCUUAUUUCUACUGGAAAAAUUGAAAUUAUAGCUGACAAAUUGAACAUAUUGAAUUUAAAUACAAAUCCAAAUUCUAUCAAAUAUUGCCAUAAUUAUCACUAUGAUACAAAAUCUGCAAAUAAUACAGAUGAACAUUUAGUAGAUUUACCUAUUAAUAACUUAAAAGGUAUGACAGAAUAUGAAAAAUUACGUUAUCGAUAUGCAUAUCUGCGUACUUCUUAUAUGCAAAAUAAUCUAAGAAAACGCGCAGAGUUUUUAUCCAAAGUACGUAAUUUUUUAAAUGAACAUAAUUUUAUUGAAGUUGAAACACCCUCUUUAUUUAAACCAACACUAAAUGAUAUGGGUGCUUCUGAAUUUUUAGUGCCAAAAAAUGAUCUCAUCCAAAUUUUAUCAAACUUAUCUAUUUCUGGGCUUGAUCAUACAAAAGGGAUUGGAAAUCCAUUCAAUCCUACAAUAAGUGAACUAUCAUUUUAUGCCUUGUGCCAGAGCCCACAGUUAUUGAAGCAAUUGUUAAUGAUAGGGGGAAUGGAUAGAUAUUACCAAAUAGCUAAAUGUUUCAGAAACGAAAAACGUAUUCACCAUGAACGUCAACCAGAAUUUACUCAGAUUGAUCUUGAAAUGUCUUUUUCCAAUAGUAAAAACGUUAUGCUUAUUGUCGAAAAUUUUUUAGAAAAAGCUUGGCCCUCAUUAUUUGAUAGUUCUAUCUAUGGCACCUCUUCAAAAGUUUCUACCCCAUUUCCUGUAAUGACCUUUGAGCAUGCCAUGACAAAUUAUGGCACCGAUAAACCUGACAUGCGUUUUGAAGACACGUUUCUGCUCACCAAUGAACAUGACGAGUGUCAAAAGUUGCUCACACUUUUCAAUGAUGAGGGGUCACAAUUCAGGUCAGAAAUUGAUAAGUUGUUUUCCACAUAUAGUUCCGAUCAGCAUAAAUUUCCCUCCUCGUUGUACCUCUAUACCAAAUCCUCCAAUAAUAGUUCAUCAAAAUGGAUGAUGUCUCAAAUUUAUAGUUUUGACCCAAAUAAUACAUCCUCAAGUCAUAGAUUACUAGGUGAUUUAAAUUAUUCAAAAUUGGAAAUAUGCCAAAAUUUGAAUGCAUCUCCAUUGACUACAACCUGUGAGGUGCCAAAUGAUGUUGUCCUAUGCUACAUCUCUGAGGAAGAAACAUUUUCCCAACUGACCUGCGGUAAAAUAAGAAACAUUUUGAUAUCAAACCUAUCAAAGUUAUCGAAUACAAUAAAAAAACCUAUGGAUGAUUCUUUUAAAUUUUUGUGGGUAAUCGAUUUUCCUCUCUUCAAAGUUAAGAAAAUUAAACAUCCUGGUUCCUUGAAUUUAGAAUCAGUCCACCAUCCUUUCACGGCUCCCAUUCCAGAGCACAGAAGCCUUUUGUAUCAAACACCCUUAUUGACCAAAAAUAUUCUUAGCAUAAAAGCCCAACAUUAUGAUAUAGUCGUCAAUGGGGUUGAAAUAGGAGGGGGCUCUGUUCGAAUUCAUGACUCCAACGAGCAGCGUCACGUUUUGGAAAGUAUCUUAGAAGUUAUGCCAAAUACUGGAAACUCCAGGACAAAAAAAAUAAUUAAAACUAAUCCCGACGACAAAUAUGGUAGCGGUGAAUUGGAGUAUUUCUUGGAGGCCCUAGCCAGUGGAUGCCCUCCUCAUGCUGGAAUAGCCUUAGGUUUGGACAGGAUUGUUGCCAUAGCCAGGAAUUGUUCCAGUAUACAAGACGUUAUGGCAUUUCCCAAAUCAUCCAGUGGAAAGGACGUCUUGUCCGAAUGCCCUUGUAGUUUUGAUCAGUUUUUAUAAAUUCCAGUCAAUGAUUACCACUAGGACUGGGGGAAAAGGAAUAAACUUUGAAAAAAAAAUUUCCUAUGAUUAUAUUAAUAAUUAUAUUUUUACAAGUUGAAAAUGUAUAUAUUUUUUUUAAUCACCCAUUUGCGAAGCUUGUCAUUUUUAUAUGAAUAAUUUAUUAAUAAAAAAAAGAA